UACAUGAACGACCUCCAGAGAUGUCCCUGGAGAUACAACCAAUCAGAGCACAACCUGCUACGAAUAAAGUUUGGAAGCUGUUGUAACGCGUCUCGCUCGUUCAUAGUCACCCAGCAGAACGCUCCUCUCGGACAUCAACUACAAUAUGAGACCAACCCCAAGAAAGUGACUGUCAACGAAAAACUUCAUGAAAUGCUCCCAAAGACAUCACCUUUUACCAGUAAACCCUUAGACUCUUGUGCCGUGGUCGGAAAUGGAGGAAUUUUGCUCGACAGUUUUUGUGGGAGUGAAAUUGACAAAAUGGAUUACGUGAUCAGAUUUAAUUUGCCCCCUCUGACCAUGGCGGAUGAUGUUGGCACCAAGACUGAUGUGGUCACCGUAAAUCCCAGUAUCCUGAUAAAUAAGUUUGGUAAGCUUCACCAGAGGAGAAAACCAUUCAUUGACCUCGUGAGGAGUUACGGCUCUGCCAUGGUCGUCUUACCAGCUUUUUCAUAUGUAUUUAAUACAGACGUCAGUUUCCGAGUGCUCCAUUCGGUACAGGACUUUGACUUGCCAAACCAGGUCGUCUUCUUCCAUCCAGAAUACCUGAGAAAUCUCUCAAUCUACUGGAAAGAGAAGGGACUUCAGGUGAAGCGCUUGUCUUCUGGGCUCAUGCUGGUCAGUGCCGCCAUCGAGCUCUGCAGGAAUGUGACUCUCUAUGGGUUUUGGCCAUUUUCACAAAAUCUAGACGGAACGGUUCUUCCUCAUCACUAUUACGAUGACAUGAAGCCCAAACCCGGAUUCCAUGCAAUGCCUGAGGAAUUCUAUUUCUAUACACAGAUGCAUCUGAAGGGGGCGAUACACCUCAGAGUCGGACGAUGUUCUUGA